UGUUUCGAAGGAGGACGACGCGUGUACAGGGGAAGUGCCGACAAAAUUGUUGACUAUCUUCAUUAGAAGCGCGAUGGAUUCGGAGGGGAUACUACAACGAGACACGGCGGUGUGGCUUGACAUCUUGGCGGUGGCCCAUCAGCAGCUGCUGGAGACGGUGGGUGAGCUGACUCAGCGAUCUCAGGAGCUGCGGGCGAUUGAAGGGGGUGCGUUCCCCCUGGCCGAAUGGGUGGAUCACCGCUCGCAACUCAUGUCCGAUAUAAUCUGGGAGCUGGAGGAGCUGGAGGAGGGGCUAGAUCCCCGGCUGGAACCUUACAUUGAUUGGAGGAGGGCAGAGGCCGAGCUGGCGGCCUGCAAAGCCCUUUUUCGCAAAGGUCGGGACGCGUGUGAAUUAAUGGAGGCUUGGUCCUCCGGGUUGGAUGAGCGGGAUGGGGGGUUGCUCACUGAAGGGUUUGUAGGGAGGACGCUCAUGACGACCAGCGGUUUGCACGUAGCGAUUGAGGAGGCAGAUCGGACAGCGCUGGCGAAUACAACAUCCGCUAUAAUCAAGAACAACAACAACAACAACACCAACAGCAACAACAACAGGUUUGUAGGGAGGACGCUCAUGACAGCCGGCGGUUUGCACGUAGCGAUUGAGGAGGCAGAUCGGACAGCACUGGCGAAUACAACAUCCGCUAUAAUCAACAACAACAACAACAACAACAACAACAACAACAACAACAACAACAACAACGAUGACAACAUCAACAACAACAACGACAACGACUCGAGUGCGGAGGGUGAGGAGGCAGACAGGCUGGCGAUGGCGAUCGCAGACACCAGCACUAAGGACUGUGUUGUCUACUACGGCGGCAACGUUCGAUCUUCGUCAGCAUGGAAGCAGCUCGGUUGGAAUUUGCGGAGGUUUGGGCGAAUUUCGUUUUUCCACCCCGCGAGGUCAGCAUGGCUUUACUUUCGUCCAUGCUCCGAAUUUUGGCCUCGCGAGGGGAUUGGGUGGUUGAUUGCCCCAUAUUGAAUACAGCCGACGGGGCAUGGGCUGUCUCAGUGGGUGGGGUAGGUAAUGGUUGAGAGGUCGCUAGAAAUGCUGUCUUCUGAAGUAGUUUUCGACUCUCCUGAUUUUGCAUAUGUUUGUUACCUUGAUAGAUGGCUUUUUACAUUUUUAACAUUUUCACGUGCAUUUUUUUGUACACGGGUACACCAUGCUACACUUGGAGGUAGGGAAUUGUGCCACGUCACCCUACAAGGUAAUUAGAGUACAUUAGAGCUGCAGGUCAAUCCUUCCCUUAUGCAGGGAAGUAAUCAAUGCCUCGGCUCUUU